CGGCGGCGGCGACGAGGGGCCGCCUCCCCGCUUUCCUGCUCCUCGCGGAGGCGCUGAGCUCGACGAUGAAGCCGUAGCAGGAGCGCUCGCCGCCACCACCACACCCACCCAGUCAGCCAACCCGGCGAAAAUGGAGCUGGGGGCCGCGCUCGGGCACCAGGCGCAGCAGCGCGCCCACCACCACCAGGCCCCGUCGGCGGCAGGAGGAGGAGGAGGCGGCGGCGGCCCCUGCGCGGAGAUGUUGCAAGUAGCCGAGGAGGCUUUCCGAGGCGGGCAGUUCGCCCUGGCGGCGGAGAUCCUGAGCUCGCAGCUGGCCGAGCUGGCGCAGCCCGAGCGGGGCCUUUGCCUCCGUCAAGGGGACGCGCUGGCCCGCGCGGGGCGCAUGGCCGAGGCUCUGGAUGCUUACAGCGCCGCCGCCAGGCUGGCCCGCCUGAGGCCCGAGGAGCUGCGCGAACUGGCCGAGAGCUUCGCGCUCAGCCUCCGCGACAAAGAGCUGCGCCUGCCGCCGUGGCGGGGGCCUGGUGGUGGCGGCGGCGGCGGCGGAGCAGCAGCAGCAGCUCCGGAGGGAGACGACCCGCUGGCGGACCCGCCUUGCUGCCGACCCCCGGAGCCGCUGGGCUGCCCGGUGUGCCGCCGCCUGCUCUGCGAGCCGGUGACUUUGCACUGCGGGCACACCCACUGCAAGCGCUGCGCCCAGAGCGGCGGAGGGGAGUGCGCCCGCUGCGCCGCCCGACGCCCAGCCUCUGCCCCGGCCGCGCAGCCCCCCGCCGGUCCCCGCGUCAACGUGGUCCUGGGCAGCCUGCUGGAGAAGUGGUUCCCGGCCGAGAGCAAAGCGCGCCGGCUGGGCGCUGAAGGGGACGCGUUGAAGGAGAGGCAGGAGCUGGCGGCCGCCCUGGAGAAGUACAACCAGGCCCUGGAUCUCGCUUCCUGUAAAUGUUCGUUAAUAGCACAGCGGGCAGAACUUUGUACAGCUAUGAAGAAUUAUCAACAAGCUCUUUAUGAUGCAGAGGCACUCUGCCGAAAUAAACCCCAUUGGCCUAAGGGUCAUUAUGUGAAAGCACAAGCUCUUUCUGGAUUAGGAAGGAUUGAAGAAGCAUUGAAGGAAUUUCUUUAUUGUGUUGCCUUAAAUCCUGAGUGGAGCUCAAUGAAAAUGGAAGCUCAGAAGAUAAUGUGUGAGAUGUUUUUCCCGGCAUUUGAAAAUGUGCACGAUAAUCUAACAACACCUUUUUGUAAUCGGACCUCAUAUACAAGGUUGAAACCUGUGUUUCUAAGUAGCAUAAACACACAGUCUUCUGGAGAAGAUGGGUCAACUGCAGAGACCUCAAAGGAGGCCACCUUGAAGCUAACUAAAAACCUGUCCCAAGAGACUGAUGCAUAUCGAAGUACCGAGUCUUCUGUUUCUCAUCAUAUACUGGACUUCUCUUUUGAAGACAACAAAAAAACUUUGGGAACGGUCCUCUCCAGUCUGCCUGGCGCAAGCUUAAAAAGAAAGUUUUCUAGUGAUGGGGAUUUACAGAGCUUGGGCGUCCCUAUCAAAAUUCCUAGAAAAGAUGGAGAUGCUUCUGGCGAAAAUCCCAACUCUCUUCCCUUAACAGUGAUACCUGCAAGCCUUGUGGAUGCAUCUGAUUUUGAGUGUUCUCUUUGCAUGAGGUUAUUCUACGAACCUGUUGCUACUCCCUGUGGACAUACCUUCUGCCUCAAAUGCCUUGAACGUUGCCUGGACCAUAAUCCAUACUGUCCGCUUUGUAAGGAAAAGCUGUCUGAAUUUUUGGCUGGCCGAACUUACAAGAAGACCAUUCUUACUGAAGAAUUAAUAGUUCGUUACCUGCCAGAAGAGUUGUCUGAAAGGAAGAAAGUUUACGAAGAAGAAAUGAAGGAAUUGUCAAACCUGAAUAAAGAUGUCCCCAUCUUCGUGUGCACCAUGGCAUUCCCUACCAUUCCUUGCCCUCUUCACAUCUUUGAACCCCGCUAUCGGUUAAUGAUAAGAAGAUGUAUGGAAACUGGCACCAAGCAGUUUGGCAUGUGCUUAGCUGAUGAACUGAAAGGGUUUGCUGAUUACGGCUGCAUGUUGGAGAUCAGGGAUGUGAAGUUUUUCCCUGACGGACGUUCAGUUGUUGACACAGUUGGUGUCCGGCGUUUCAGGGUCUUGAGCCAUGGUCAGAGAGACGGGUAUAAUACUGCAAACAUCGAAUACAUGGAAGAUAAAAAGGUUGAAGGGGCAGAGUAUGAAGAACUUGUCCGCCUUCAUGAUUCAGUCUAUGAUCAAGCUGUCGCCUGGUUUACUUCUCUUAAAGACAACAUGAAAGCGCAAAUUCUGAACCACUUUGGGUCCAUGCCAGGGAAGGAGCCUGAGCCACAGAGCAACCCAAGUGGUCCAGCUUGGUACUGGUGGCUGUUGGCAGUAUUGCCACUGGAGAACAGGGCCCAGUUGGCCAUUCUUGCCAUGACUUCGCUUAAAGAUCGUCUUAUCGCCAUACGGCGUGUAUUAAUAUUUGUGACACGCAAAAGACCUAGAUGACACACCCUUAUUUGCGAACAGACACUGCAAACAAAUGGUUGUGAAUACUCCUAAGUAUUCUCAAGAGACCGACGCAUUCUUCCCUUUCAGUGAAACUGAUCUGCUCAUCUAAGCACUCACAAUUUUUUAUUUUGUUUUAAUUUUUUGCACACACUCUGCCCAGUAGUUAACCAAGCAUUCUGUGCCUCUUGUCCUGGAGAAAUCUGAGCCUCUUAGAAGUUGCGCCACAAUUGCAGCAUAGCUGAUUGCUGCAGGCAACAACUUGGAAUCGCUACAUGCAACCAACUGUCCAUUUUAUCACGGUGGGACAACUGAGUCGCAAGCCCUGAGAUGCCCCCUGAAGCCCCAAACAGCAGUUUUGAAUUCUACAUAGCAGAACUCAGAACAAACAAUGGAUUAGAGCCUGAAAAGAAACUUCAAAACAAUUCUUAGAGGUUGCCAGUUGAAGGGAAAUCCCCCAAAAUAUCCUCCAGAGGAAGAAUGCACAAGACAACAAGUGUUAAAUGAACAGGGGGCAGUCUUUUCGUCUGUAGCAUAUUGACAUAAUGAUUGAUCUGUGAAGCAAAAUGUGUUUUCCUGGACAUUCCCCUUGCAAGACAGUGUUUGACCAAAAGAGUAGCUGGUGAACAGCACUGCGGCUGAUGAUAAUACAGUAAAUCAACCCCACCUCAUCCCGUCUUUGUAACUUGCAUGCUGUGUGUAAUGGGAAAUAGUGUUUCGAUAUAUGUAUAGGAUGGUCGGGUUCCCCUAAACCGCCCCCCAAAAACUUCCUACAAAUAGAAAAAAAUAACAACCUCAGGUGACCCACGUUACAAUAUGGAAAAAAGUUACUUAUGCAUAGCGUGUUGUCAGUGGUUGUGACUUAGAUAUUGGUACGCAUGAGGAUCCUGCAGCCUCCCAUGCCGGAUGGAAUUCCCUGUGUGUGCGGGAUGUUUUUUUUGCUGCCGUUGGAGCCAUUUGAGCAUGCUGAGCUUCAUUGCUGGAUCAUGGCCAGCAUUUCUAGCAUAUAUAUAUAUAUAUAUAUA